AUCCUUAACCCACUGAGCAAGGCCAGGAAUCGAACCUGCAGGCUCAUGGUUCCUAAUCAGAUUCGCUAACCACUGAGCCACGACAGGAACUCCAGCAUGUGACUUUCUGAAGAGAAUCAGCCGAGUGGGGAUGGUGGCAGUGGCGGCUGCUGUGGGCCGGCUACAGCGGCUCCUCGUGGCCCAGGUCACGGGACACUGGCAUCGGCUGCAUGGCACAGGGCUGCCACCAGGCUUCCUGCACACCUUGGCCAACGGCGAUGCAGCCCAGAAGCAGCAGGUGGCUCACUUCACCUUCCAGCCUGACCCGGAGCCCCGGGACACGGCAGGCGCUGGGCUGAGAAGUUUACAGUCAUCGUCACAUUGGAUGCCCAGGACAGCCUUAAGAGGGCACCAACAAGGGCCUUGGAUAACUCAGUGGCCAAAGAUCCUACUGCAGUCACGUUUGGUGAGGAUGUGGCCUUUGGUGGAGUCUGAUGUACCAUUGGCUUGCGAGCCACAUAUGGUAAAGAUGGAGUUUCUGAUGCCCCCUCGUGUGAACAAGGAGUUGCUGGAUUGGAGUUUCGGUCACCGGGGCUACGGCCACUGCGGAAACUCGGCUUGCAGAUUAUAUUUUCCUGCUCUUGAUCAGAUUGUUAAUGAAGCUGCAAAGCGUCCUGGCCGCUCUGGGGAUCUCUUCAAUUGUGGAAGCCUCACCGUCCAGUCCCCUCAGAGCUGAGUCCACCAUGGGGCUCUCUGUCAUCCCCAGAGUCCUGAAAUUUUUUUGCCUACUGCCCAGGAGUCAAGGUGGUUGUACCCAGAAGCCCUUUCCAGGUUGAGGGACUUCUUUUGUCAUGCACUGAAGAUAAAAAUCCUUGGAUAUUUUUUGAACCUAAGAUACUUGACAGAGCAGCAGUGAAACAGGGUUCCCACCAAGCCACCAUACAGCAUUCUUCUGCCCCAGGCUGAAGUCACCCAAGAAGGAGGUGAUAUCACUCCUGCUGCCUGGGGCACGUGGCCUGGGGUUGCUUCCAUGGCUCAGGAGGGGACUGGAGUGGCCUGUGAGGUCACUGAUCUGAGGGCUCUCAUACCAUGAGAAGCAGACACAGUUUGCAAGUCUGAUCAAAUCAGGGUGGCUGCCGAUGAGUCAUGCGGCUCCCUGACGGGUGGCUUCACCUCGGCGAUCCGCUCAGCAGUUCAGGAGAAUGUUUUCUGAACCUUGAGGCUCCCGUAUCCAGCGCUGUGGGUAUGACCACUGGUCCCCCACGGUUGUGAGUCGUUCUAUAUCCCAGACAAAUGGAAAUGCUACAGCGCCCUUUGAAAAAUGAUCAACUCGUGACCGCAGAGAGAAACUGGAAAAUGGUGACUAGACACGGAAACACUUUUCUCAAUUUUUUUUAUUGUCUCUUCUUGAAAAUAGAGAUUUUGUGAAAUGAAUCUUGGAUAUUGGCUGAAAAUUAUGAAUUAUUAAUACAUGUGAAUCGAUCAUUUCCAUUAAGAGUAUUUCACAUGGUAGGCUUACAAAUUCCACUUAAUUGUAUCUGUAAAUACUAAUCAGAUUGUAACAAAAGAAAAAGAAAUUAUCAGGAGUUCCCAUUGUGGUGCAGCAGAAAAAAUCUGACUAGGAUCCAUGAGGAUGCAGGUUCGAUCCUGGCCUUGCUCAGUGGGUUAAGG